CUUGCUCCGGCCUCCGAGUCCGCGCCCAGCGACGUGCGGGCGGCCUGGCCCGCGCCCUCCCGCGCCCGGCCUGCGUCCCGCGCCCUGCGCCACCGCCGCUGAGCCGCCGCCCGCCGCGCGCCCCCGGCAGCGCCGGCCCCAUGCCCGCCGGCCGCCGGGGCCCCGCCGCCCAAUCCGCGCGGCAGCCGCCGCCGUUGCUGCCCCUGCUGCUGCUCUGCGUCCUCGGGGCGCCGCGAGCCGGAUCAGGAGCCCACACAGCUGUGAUCAGCCCCCAGGAUCCCACGCUUCUCAUCGGCUCCUCCCUGCUGGCCACCUGCUCAGUGCACGGAGACCCACCAGGAGCCACCGCCGAGGGCCUCUACUGGACCCUCAACGGGCGCCGCCUGCCCCCUGAGCUCUCCCGUGUGCUCAAUGCUUCCACAUUGGCCCUGGCCCUGGCCAACCUCAACGGGUCCAGGCAGCAGUCGGGGGACAACCUCGUGUGCCACGCCCGUGACGGCAGCAUCCUGGCUGGCUCCUGCCUCUAUGUUGGCUUGCCCCCAGAGAAACCUGUCAACAUCAGCUGCUGGUCCAAGAACAUGAAGGACUUGACCUGCCGCUGGACGCCAGGGGCCCACGGGGAGACCUUCCUCCACACCAACUACUCCCUCAAGUACAAGCUUAGGUGGUAUGGGCAGGACAACACAUGUGAGGAGUACCACACAGUGGGGCCCCACUCCUGCCACAUCCCCAAGGACCUGGCUCUCUUUACACCCUAUGAGAUCUGGGUGGAGGCCACCAACCGCCUGGGCUCUGCCCGCUCCGAUGUGCUCACGCUGGAUAUCCUGGAUGUGGUCCGCAGCCCCCAGAAACAGCCAGGAUACCCCCACUCCAUGGAGAACACCUGGCCUGGCCACCUCCCCCUCGGCAGCCCAGUGACCACGGACCCCCCGCCCGACGUGCAUGUGAGCCGCGUCGGGGGCCUGGAGGACCAGCUGAGCGUGCGCUGGGUGUCGCCACCCGCCCUCAAGGAUUUCCUCUUUCAAGCCAAAUACCAGAUCCGCUACCGAGUGGAGGACAGUGUGGACUGGAAGGUGGUGGACGAUGUGAGCAACCAGACCUCCUGCCGCCUGGCCGGCCUGAAACCCGGCACCGUGUACUUCGUGCAAGUGCGCUGCAACCCCUUUGGCAUCUAUGGCUCCAAGAAAGCCGGGAUCUGGAGUGAGUGGAGCCACCCCACAGCCGCCUCCACUCCCCGCAGUGAGCGCCCGGGCCCGGGCGGCGGGGCGUGCGAGCCGCGGGGCGGAGAGCCGAGCUCGGGGCCGGUGCGGCGCGAGCUCAAGCAGUUCCUGGGCUGGCUCAAGAAGCACGCGUACUGCUCCAACCUCAGCUUCCGCCUCUACGACCAGUGGCGAGCCUGGAUGCAGAAGUCGCACAAGACCCGCAACCAGCACAGGACGAGGGGAUCCUGCCCUCGGGCAGACGGGGCACGGCGAGAGGUCCUGCCAGAUAAGCUCUAGGGGGCUCAGGCCACCCUCCCUGCCACGUGGAGACGCAGAGGCCGAACCCAAACUGGGGCCACCUCUGUACCCUCACUUCAGGGCACCUGAGCCACCCUCAGCAGGAGCUAGGGUGGCCACUGAGCUCCAACGGCCAUAACAGCUCUGACUCCCACGUGAGGCCACCUUUGGGUGCACCCCAGUGGGGGUGUGUGUGUGUGUGUGUGUGUGUGUGUGUGUGUGUGUGUGUGUGUGUGUGUGUGUGUGUGAGGGUUGGUUGAGUUGCCUAGAACCCCUGCCAGGGCUGGGGGUGAGAAGGGGAGUCAUUACUCCCCACUACCUAGGGCCCCUCCAAAAGAGUCCUUUUAAAUAAAUGAGCUAUAUAGGUGC